CUGGCUCGUCCAAACGGACGCGAAUAAGACGGAGAGUUUCAGAGACGAUGAGUUGAAAAGCAAUUAGCGGACUCGGAACAGCGCUCUCGUCGGUGGUCUCCAUCGAAGACGUCACCCACCAUCGCCGUCGUCAAAUAAAAAAAAAUCCUGAAAAAAAAAAACCUCCUCCCUAGGGUUUUGAUAUCGCCCUUUUCUUCCCUAACCAGCCCCAUGGAAAUGCCCGGGAGGCGAUCCAGCUACUCCCUCCUCAGCCAAUUCCCCGACGACCCGCCGCCCCCCAAAUUCGAAUCGCCGCCGUCUGACAAGAGCCGCGGCCGGUCCCCCUUCGAUUGGUCACUAUCAUCCGACGCCAUCGUCUCCGGCGACCACCGCGCGGUGAGGAUCGGGCCGUCGGCGUUUCCUUCGGCGGGGCUACAGAGGCAAUCCAGCGGAAGCAGCUACGGGGAGAGCUCGCUGUCAGGGGAUUAUUACCUCCCCACUACGCUCUCAUCCAUAACGGCCACCAUCGACGAGGACGCCUUCAAUCGGAUCGUGACCGCUGGCGAGGCACGGGCGAAGGAGGGGGCGGAGGUGAUCGGGUCGUCGUCGUCAUCCAAAAGCUGGGCACAGCAGGCCGAGGAGACGUACCAGCUCCAGCUCGCUCUGGCUCUUCGGCUCUGCUCGGAGGCAGCCUGCGCCAGCUAUCCCAAUUUCUUGGAUGCUGGUGAUCAGAUGGCCCCAGCAGAGCGUGCUUCGGCGGAGUCCAUGUCUCAUCGUUUCUGGGUAAAUGGCUGUCUGUCAUAUCAUGAUAAGAUUCCAGAUGGCUUCUACCUGAUUCAGGGAAUGGAUCCAUUUGUAUGGACUUUAUGCACUGAUGUGCAGGAAGAGAGUCGGAUUCCAUCAGUUGAAUCACUAAAAACUGUCCACCCCAGUGAUUUAUCUAUUGAGGUGGUUCUCAUAGAUAGAAAAAGUGAUUUGGAUCUAUGCAAGUUACAGAAUUUGAUGGCUUCCCUUUCAUGUAAUUGUUCUACCAAAAAAGAUAUGGCAGAACAGCUUGCAAAGCUUGUAUGCAGGCAGAUGGGGGGUGCAGCUUUUGAUGAGGAAGAGAGUCUGAUCCCUCGCUGGAAAGAAUUCAGUGAGGUUCUCAAGGCUAGUUCCUGUUCGGUUGUGCUCCCAAUAGGAAAGCUAUCUGUUGGUCUUUGUCGGCAUCGAACCUUGCUGUUCAAAAUGUUAGCUGACAUGAUAAAUCUUCCAUGCCGAGUCGCCAAGGGCUGUGCUUACUGCAAAAGUGAUGAUGCUUCCUCAUGUUUGGUGCGCAUUGGUCUUGACAGGGAAUAUUUGGUUGAUUUGAUUGGAAAGCCAGGCCAACUCUGUGAGCCUGAUUCUCUGCUUAACGGUCCCUAUUGUAUGUCAAUUUCUUCACCAAUGCAUCCUCCAAAAUUUAAAUCAGUUGAAGUCUCUAGUAACCUUAGAUCUUUGGCCAAGCAAUACUUUUCGGAUUGUCAAUCACUCAAUCUCAUCUUCAGUAAUGCUUCAGCAGGUACAGUAGUUGGUCAGGAAGAUGCCAUGGAACCAUCUUCCUCUAAGCAUUCUGAUGAGAAGUAUGUAGAUGUGAAACCCUCUUCACCAUUAACAAGUGGUAAAGUGAAACUCCCUCAGAUACCUCAGCCUCAUGUCCAAAGUACUGCUCGGCCAAAUGGCCAAGAAGGGAUCUCUCAGUUACAAAAGAUGCAAAAUCUUCAGCAGAAUGUAACAGGCUCAGAACCUAUAAUACAAGAAGCAGCACAACAAAGACUCAUCCCACAAGAUGCACGUAGAGAUGUUUUACCACUUAUUCCCUUCUCUGAUUCAAAAUCUGAAAAAAGGAAGGAUUUCUGGUUCAUGGAGGAACACCAUCAUGGGCGAAAUAAACCCACCAGUGAUAUAACUCUUGCUGUGGAUGAUCUGACCAUUCCAUGGAGUGAUCUGGUUCUAAAGGAGAGGAUUGGAGCAGGUUCUUUUGGAACAGUUCAUCGUGCUGAUUGGCAUGGUUCGGAUGUUGCUGUGAAGAUACUCAUGGAGCAAGAUUUCCAUCCAGAGCGUUUCAAGGAGUUUCUGAGAGAGGUUGCGAUAAUGAAAAGCCUGCGGCAUCCCAAUAUUGUUCUCUUCAUGGGAGCUGUUACUCAGCCUCCAAAUCUGUCAAUUGUCACUGAAUAUUUAUCUAGAGGCAGCUUAUAUAGGCUAUUACGUAAAACUGAUGCCAAGGAAAUUUUAGAUGAGAGGCGUCGAUUGAAUAUGGCAUUUGAUGUGGCAAAGGGAAUGAACUAUCUUCACAAGCGUAAUCCCCCAAUUGUCCAUCGAGAUUUGAAAUCUCCAAAUCUUCUUGUGGACAAAAAAUACACAGUGAAGGUAUGCGAUUUUGGUUUAUCACGAUUGAAGGCAAGCACAUAUCUAUCCUCCAAAUCUCUGGCAGGGACUCCUGAGUGGAUGGCACCAGAGGUUCUCCGUGAUGAACCAUCAAAUGAGAAGUCAGACGUUUACAGCUUUGGUGUGAUCUUAUGGGAGCUUAUGACAAUGCAACAACCAUGGAGUAAUUUAAAUCAAGCUCAGGUGGUUGCUGCCGUUGGCUUCAAGGGCAGAAGGCUUGAGAUUCCGAGGGAUGUAAAUCCACAGGUGGCUGCCAUAAUUGAGUCUUGCUGGGCCAAUGAGCCAUGGAAAAGACCUUCUUUUGCCAGUAUCAUGGAAUCCUUGAAGCCUCUGAUUAAAUCUCCACCAACUCAACCAGUACGCACUGAAAUAUCACGGGUUACCUGAAAGAGAGCAUAUGUUGCAAGAUUGUGCAUUCUGUAAUGAUAUAAAUGGAGGCAGAGUUUGUACUGCUAUCAUCUAAGGUAAUGCUGGUCAAGACUCAAUCAAUUGAUUAUUAGAUCCAUAUCCUUGGAGGCCAAAGUACAAGUUAAAUUGCAGCAUUCUAUUUAAUCAUUACGUCUCAAUUUAUUGGCAGGAUCAUCAGCAUGCCAUCCUUUCGUGUUAAGAUUGAGAAGACAGAUUUCCAAUGUAAUAGGAAGCUGCCGAUGGUUCUUGUGCUGCUGGACUGGUCAUCCACCAAUCUUAUGAUGAUCAAGUAAAUUCUAAUGUCUUAUCCACUGGUGGUGCACUCAUGUAUAUCUUGUAACUAAAUGCAAGUCAUUGUAGAGAAUGAGCUUAUUUGCAGGAAUCUUGUUGUUUGAACUUCAUAGCAGUUGAUUUAGGGGUGUGGGCAUGUUUGUAGGUCGUCAGCCACCCACCAGUCUUCGUUAAUUUAUAUUUGUAAGCAGUACAUAUUCCUCAUUCAGCUUUAUGUAUAAUGAUAAUUUGCUCGUUGGUGUAGCACAUUCAGCACUGGAGAACACAUUUCUUUGUGGUUGACAUGACUUCAUAAUGCUAAAAUCACUAUGACAUUUGAUGUUCGUU